UAUAAAAGGAGGGCGCUCGUGCUGGUUUUCCGUCCACCAUUGUGCGAUUUUAUAGCAGACGUGUAGGAAAAGAGUGAUUGCAAUGCCUGAGCCGGCCAAGUCCGCCCCCGCGCCCAAGAAGGGCUCCAAGAAGGCGGUGACCAAGACGCAGAAGAAGGGCGACAAGAAACGGCGCAAGAGCCGCAAGGAGAGCUACUCGAUCUACGUGUACAAGGUGCUGAAGCAGGUGCACCCCGACACGGGCAUCUCGUCCAAGGCCAUGGGCAUCAUGAACUCCUUCGUCAACGACAUCUUCGAGCGCAUCGCCGGCGAGGCCUCGCGCCUGGCGCACUACAACAAGCGCUCCACCAUCACCUCGCGGGAGAUCCAGACGGCCGUGCGGCUGCUGCUGCCCGGCGAGCUGGCCAAGCACGCCGUCUCCGAGGGCACCAAGGCUGUCACCAAGUACACCAGCUCCAAGUAAGCUGCCUCUGCGCCCUGUGCCAGACCUCCUCGACCCAAAGGCUCUUUUAAGAG